UGUGUGCAGUAGUAGCUUUAAACGGGGGAAUCUGGACACCCUCUCUGAAUUGAAUAGGUCCCUCUGCAGGCAGGCAGGCCGUGCUUUUCUGUCCCUCUCAAUGUGCUUUUUACCAAAUGGAAGCAGAGGUGUUGAACCCCCAGAUGAUGGCAGACGUCAAUGGCAACAAUAAAAUCACCAACCCGGAGCUGGAGGUGUUAAAGCUUCAGGAAUUAGUCCGAAAAUUGGAGAAGCAAAACGAACAAUUGCGGACUAGAGCUAACGCUGUAAACAAUUGCUCCAUCGGCCCUCAUCUCCAGACCUCGUUAUCGUGUUCGCACGGGGGUACAACGUGUCCGAGUGACAAUUUCUGCAGUAAAUAUGGCAUUUCAAGUCCGACCCAGUCGCAUUUGUUUCCCCCCGGACUCGGAGGUUCAACGGAGGAACCAUUCGCGUAUUUUCAGCCCAGCUCGGUGUGUCCUGACGCCGCUGAGGAGGACAGCGUCGCCGUUGGAGAUACAACUGUUAUGGAUGAGGUUGAUAUUUUGGACCUCAACAUCGUGCUCCCAGUCGGAGAACCUGAUAGCUGGCUGUAUGUGAGUCCCAAAGCCAAGCUGCAGGGUGAGAGUGUCCUCAGCCCUCUCCAGUGGUGCAGGCAGGUACUGGACCACCUGGGGCCCGAGGUGGAGCUGGCUAAGAUGACCCUCUGUCACAGACUGGACCAAGCUAAGCGGUGGCGAGGAGUCUCCUCCGUCCGUCCUUACAGCUGCAUAGAGGGACUCUCCACCCUCAGCUGCCCCGUCCUGCCUUACACUAAACCUGCUGCACUAAGCGAGUCUCCAGCUCCAUUGAUAUCAUCUGCUCAGUCCUUCCUCCAGCCGACUCUCCCGUUCAGGGCCAGCUGCAACCUCAGUGACAGAGCGCCCACCUUCCUAUCAAACUCCAAUCUCCACAAUGUGGGGCGCCGGCAUGCGGCGAUCAGCCCCCAGUCUUCCGUGGACAGUGAGGUGGGUGUGUCAGAGCUGGAGGAUGACUCCAUCUCUAUGAGCUACAAACUGCAAGACAUGACAGAUGUGGAGGUCAUGGCACGACUUCAGGAGGACAGUCUCCGACAGGACUACGCCUCUACCUCACAUACCACCACAGCCAGCCGUCGCAACUCCAGCUUCUCCUUACACUCCCUCAGGCGCAGUGAGAUGGAUCUGGAGGAGGAGGAUGAGGAUGAGGAGGACGACGAAGGGUACGACCAGCUUCCUCCUCCCCAGCCUCGACUGUUCCGCACAGGAUCUAUGCAGCGGGGCGGCCUGCCCCACUCCCACACCUUCUCUAGUUUUAGAGACUGCAGACGCAGCCCGACCACACCUCAGUUUUCACUCAGUGGACUCUCCCAGUACCUCGGACCCUCCAGCCUGACCACAGAAACACACACAGCAUACAGGAAUAGCACAGACAAGCUACGAAGAAGCAUGCCCAACCUGAUCCGAGCUCCCAGCAUGCCCAGUGUUCCCAGCAUUCCAUGCCUGGCUUCCCCUGUCAACCCACCCUCCCACGGCCCUUCCUCCUUGCCAAUGAUAUCCUCCCUCCGGAGCAGCCAGAGCUUUGACUCAUCCAGUGGGCUUGCACGACUCCAGUCCUCCAUUCCAUCCCCAGGCCAGCUCACGCAGCGAGUCCAGAGCGUGGGGAACUUCCCAAACACUUCCCGACACCCAAUAAAAGCCACAGCCUAUGUAAGCCCCACGGUGCAGCAGUGCCCCACCUCCAGCUCCCUGUCCACCUCCAUCAGUCUACACUCCAUCCCCAGCAGUGCCGCACUGCCUCAGCCCCUCAAACACAGCAGCAGUCUGGUUCCACAGCCCCUUAAAGCCAGCGGCAUCCAGCCAGCUGUCACUCGCAGCUCCCUUCCUCGCCCGGCCUCCUUUGUAGGAACAAGUGGAGUUCCACGUGCAAGCAAAAUCACCCAACCCACACGCAGUUUGCUGACUCCUCCAAAGAGCAUGGCUGCCCUGAGUGCCCUGAGGGAUGGCAGCUGGAAAGAUGGCUGCUACUGAACCCAAAUAAACUGAAGUUCAAGAGGUGCACAGGGUAGCACUGCAUGGGACCCAACUGAUUUCAAAUGUUGCCGUCGGGAGGGCCCGGUCUUGGUGACCCAAUAGUGACUGUUAACAUUUCUAAAGGGCUCUACUCUUCACUGAAGGCCAAAGUAGAGGCAGUACGGGUCCAGCAGGCUGGAUCUUUACAUAACUACCUGCUGUAACACAGACUGACACACUAUGAAACCUGGCAAUAUUCUGACACACUGUUGUUAAAUGUGAACUGGAUCUUCUUUGAUAUGUGUUUUUGAUUUGUUAUGUGGAUAGUUAAGGCUUUCAUUCAACAGAAUGAAAAUUGCUCUGCAGUUGAAAGGAUAAGGGGAAUAAAUAGCCCAAGCUUUUGUACAUGCUUUGAAUGAUUUCUUACGACUAACUUUGCAAUUAUUGAUUUUUGUCGGAUAUGAAGUUGAACAUGGAAUUUUGUUACAUCCUGUGCCUGUUAAAAUGUUGUGUAAUUCAUGUUAUAUUUAUUGGCUGGACCUUGCAGCACUUUUGAUCAGAAUUAUGAUUAACACAUUAAAGUAAAUUAUCUGCUUUAUUUCCCAAGUAAAGCGUGACAGUCGUUAAAGUAAGUGCACACACAUUAUCUUUCUUUUUCCUUAUUGUUUACACGAGAGCUAAGAUUUUUAAUGUUCUUUGAUAAACAUAAUCGCUGCAAUGAUAUUGCACAAAGAGCCCUGAUGCUUUUUAUGGAUGACAAGAAUUUAAAGAGGAGGUGAAUUUUUAAAGUGAAUAAAAGCCUUUCAAAACA